AUGGCUGACGAUCUGGGCGGCAAUGCGACGCACCUGGCUCUCGAGGACAAGGCGGGCGCGGGCCGGGGCGGGCGCGGUGGCAGGAGAGGGGGUGGUGGCAGGGGCGGCGGUCGGCCGCAGGACCGGAACAUGCUCGUUUCCAAGGCGCUGUCGAGGCUGUUGAGGCAUCAGGCUGAGAAUGCGGGGGUGAAGCUUGAUGAGGGGGGGUGGGCCAAGGUUGACGAAGUGCUUGCCUAUGGACCUAUCCGCUCGCUCAAGGUCUCGCUGCCCGACGUACGAUCCGUCAUUGAGAACUCGGACAAGACGCGGUUCGCUCUCAAGCCCGACCCGGCCACCAAUCCGGCUCUCGACGAGACGUCUGCGGACCCGUCGCACUACCUCAUCCGCGCCAACCAGGGCCACAGCAUCAAGCUUGACUCUGCGGCGCUCCUCACGCCCAUCACGGCCGCGGCUGGCAACAUCCCUGCGACGGUGUUCCACGGGACGUUCCUCGCCGUGUGGCCCGCCAUCGAGGCGUCCGGCGGCCUGAAGAGGAUGGGUCGGAAUCACGUGCAUUUUGCUACGGCUCUGCCGGAGGAGACGAAGAAGGAAGUCAGCGGCAUGAGGAGAGACGCCGAGGUUUUGGUCCAUGUGGAUGUCGAGGCUGCACUGGAGGAGGGGAUUGAAUGGUGGAUCAGUGACAACGGGGUCGUGCUGACAGAGGGCGACAAGGAGGGCGUGGUGCCGUCCAGGUUCUUCAAGGAGGUCGUGGGACGGGCGGCGGCCGUGGGUGUGCUUUGGAAGGAUGGAGUGAAGGUGGCUGACAUACCGGAGGGCAUCAAGGGCAGGACGCCGCCAGGGAGACGGGGCGGAAGGGGACGAGGACGUGGGGGGGCAUAG